CGCGCGAGCCUCGGGGGCUCCCGGCGGCGCGUUGCAUUGUGGGGUGGCGGCGGCGGUGUCGGUGUCGGGCCGGGGCUUCCGAGCGUUUGCCGGGCCGCGGCGAUGGCUUCCUGGGCCACUCUUUCGCCCAGCAUCGUGGAGUAUUUCGAGGGCGAGGACUUCUACCGCUGCGGCUACUGCAAGAACGAGUCGGGCAGUCGCUCCAAUGGCAUGUGGGCACAUUCCAUGACAGUACAGGAUUAUCAGGAUCUUAUAGACCGAGGAUGGCGAAGAAGUGGGAAAUAUGUGUACAAACCAGUCAUGAAUCAAACAUGUUGUCCCCAGUAUACAAUAAGGUGCCGGCCUUUACAUUUUCAGCCUUCAAAAUCUCACAAGAAGGUUUUGAAAAAAAUGUUGAAAUUUCUGGCUAAAGGGGAAAUCUCCAAAGGAAAUUGUGAGGAUGAGCCCAUGGAUUCUGCAGUGGAUGAUGCUGUUGUGGGUGACUUUGCAUUAAUAAAUAAAUUGGAUAUACGGUGUGAUCUCAAAACGCUUAGUGAUGACCUCAAAGAGAGCUUUGAGAGUGAAGACAUGAAAGGAAAAGACUCCAAGAAAGAAGAAUCUACUGAAUUAAUUCAAUCACAAGAUGUAGAAGAGAAGUUGGGCUCCGGUGAACCAUCGCACUUGGUUAAAGUUCAUACAGCUCCUAAGCCAGGCAAAGGGGCUGAUUUGAGUAAGCCUCCAUGUCGAAAAGCAAAGGAAAUCCGGAAAGAAAGGAAAAGGUUAAAACUCAUGCAACAAAACCCAGCUGGAGAACCCGAGGGCUUCCAGGCUCAGAGUCAGCCACCAUCUUUGUUCCCACCAAAGGCUAAAUCCAACCAGCCCAAAUCCCUUGAAGAUUUAAUCUUGGAAUCUUUACCAGAGGAUGCAUCACACAAGUUAGAGGUGAGGCUGGUGAGAUCAUCUCCACCAAGUUCUCAGUUCAAAGCCACAUUUCAAGACUCUUACCAGGUCUAUAAACGUUACCAGAUGGUUAUUCACAAGGACCCACCUGAUAAACCAACUGUGAGCCAGUUCACCAGAUUCCUUUGCAGUUCACCUUUGGAGGCAGAGAAUCGCCAUAACGGACCAGAUUGUGGUUAUGGUUCCUUUCACCAGCAGUACUGGCUUGAUGGAAAGAUCAUUGCUGUGGGGGUGAUUGACAUCCUUCCAUACUGUGUGUCAUCUGUCUAUCUGUACUAUGAUCCUGAUUAUUCAUUUCUGUCUUUGGGUGUCUACUCUGCACUACGAGAAAUUGCUUUUACUAGGCAACUUCACGAGAAAGCGUCUCAACUCAGCUAUUAUUACAUGGGUUUCUACAUUCAUUCGUGUCCCAAGAUGAAAUAUAAGCCCACUGUAAAAACUCUGGAGAGUAAAGAACAGUGCAAAGGAGCAGACUCCCUGGCUCCUACCCACUGUGACAACAAUAGCCAAACACCUGUGCCUCACUUAGCCUGAUGCUUUAAGCUAUGAAGAUGCAGACCUGGAUCUUCUACUUAAAACUUGUGCUCUAGAUGAAGAUUUGGUUCAUUUUACAUAAAACCAGAUGAAAUAGUGGUCUGGUAAGUGGCUUAAGAGAACAUGGGGUUUUACUACACCAGGUGAGGAAGAGGAAAGAGUUUAACUGACAGAUAGGAGUACUUCAAGGUAAGAGUAGGUGUGGUGGAGAAGCACAUUUCAGGGAGGAGAAGCAGUAAAAGUUAAGGAUUCAGGGAGGACAGUUCCUGUGAUAUAUUAAUAGAAAAAAGGAUAACCAAAGGACUGUGAAGGACGUUGAUAGCUAGGCUAGGGUAUUUAGGCAACUGGGAGUCAGCAAUGGCUUUAGAGCAGAGCAGUAUAGGUAAAAAAAUAUAUUUAUAAUGGGAAUUUUAAGAACAUGCCAAAUUAAAGAAAAAAAGUGUACUUGAAUCCUGUGUACCCAUUGCCCUAGCUUUAGCAAUUUUCAUACAUUUUACUUCAUCUAUUCCUUCACCCCAUUCCCACCACUACCCCGUUUUGAGUUAUUUUGGAGCAAAUCAAGGAUAUCACUUCAUCUAUAAAUAUCUGAAUAUAUAUUUCUAAAAGAUAAGGACACUUUGGAAAUAUAACCAUAAUCUCAUCAUCAUACCUGAAAAUAUUUAAAAUUGUCCAAGUAGCAUCUGAUAUCUAGUUGGUGUUUCUGUUUCCUUAAUUGUCUCAUAAUCUUUUCUACAGUUAGUUUGUUUGACUUUGGACCCAAACACAAUUCAGUUCAUACAUUAUAUCUGGUUGAUGUGUCUCUUAAAUCUCUCUAAUCACUUCAAAAGCAGAUUGGUCUUUUAAUAGAGUAAAGCUAACGUGAAAACUAAUGUUCUAGGUGAGAAUUUCUUCUUGUCUUUUUUGGAUAAUUUAUGUUUUUUCAAAUCAUGAAUCUUGGGGAAGAUCAGCUGAAAAAUCAGGAAAUUGGGGAAAGUAUUAUAAUUUUCCCACAAGUAUUAAACUGAACAUCCAACACAGAAAUGUUACUAGUUUGAAGAAAUCCACUGAUGUCAAGUCAAAAGAAAGGGCAGGAGACCCUGACUGUGGAGCUGACAGUGAAGGUUGACACUUGCGGGGGAGCAGGGGAGGAGCACGGAGUGGGGAGCAGUCACGGUCUAAUCAGUCAGCCUGCUUGUAGCUGUUGCUUGUUACGGAGUGUGGUGUGGUGUGUGUGUUUGUCCCUGUCUGCCGUUAACAAUGUCAGUAACAAUGCAAAUAUAAUAAAUAUUAAUAAGCUUAUCUGUAAAGUAUAUGAGUAGUGUUCCACGAAAUAACAGGCUUUGGGAGCAAAAUAAGUUCAUAAAUUGGCAAUUUCAACUCGUGAUUCUGUAUAGUGCUGCUAAUUUGCUAAGAGAUCCAAAUGCUAGGUUAUUUGAAAUGGAAUCUAAUAAUGUUCAUUAGAGUUUUCCAAUGUUUUAAUAUUUGCUACAGGCUAAAAUUCUUUAUAAAUACUACUAAACUUAAUAUUUCUUCCUUGUUAAAUAAUUUUUAAGAUAUCUAUUAUGAGUAAAGAGUAUGAAGAAUAUUGGAAGUAUUAAGAAUAACUGAUGAUUUCAGGAAUUCUUAUUUUUCAUCCCUAAAUCCCUAAAACUAAUAUCUGUUUGGAAUUUGGAAACACUGGCAAAACCUAUAAAACUAGGUUAUAGCCCAAAGUGGAAAGAAACUCUGAGACUCAAUUUAAUCAUUUAAACAACAAUUUACAUUUUUUCUAUUAUGUUGUAUUCACAUUAUAUCUUCUUGAGAGAGAGAGAGUUCUGAAAUCUAUAGUAAGUGAUUUUGUAGAUAUUUGUGAGGUAAUUAAUUUUUGCAUAUUAUAUUCAUUUUAUAAACCUAGCAGUUUUAUGGCAUCAUUGUUGUGAACACUUUUGGGUCUUUGAGAACAUGUCGAUUUUAAUUUUUAUAUCAUUAGUUUAAGCAAAAUAGUUUCCAUUGCAUUAUGAUUGAAAAUAAGUAAUUUUAGGUAACUAAAGGAAUAAAGAUACUGUCAUUUCAUUUAAGGAUAUUGUCUUAGUUCUUUUCAUGUUGCUAUAACAGAACCCCUUAGGCUGGAUAAUUUAUGAAGACAAGUGGUUUAUUUAGCUUAUGAUUCUGGUGGCUGGAAGGUCCAAGAGCAUGGCACCAGCAUCUGCUCAGCUUCUGGUGAGGUCCUCGCGCUAGGUCACAAGAUGGCAGAAAAGCAGAAAGGGGAGCGAGUGAGUGCAGAGAGGCACAGGAGUGACCAGCCUCACUUAAAACAACCUGCUCUCUGGGAACUAAUCCCUCACUGUGAGAGGGAGAAGUCACUCACUCUUGGAAGCCAGCAUUAAUCGACUCAUGAGGGCGGUUCCCCCAUGGUCCACACACUAGGCCCUCAUCUUCCAACAUAGCCACAUUGGAAUCAGAUUUCAACAUGAGUCUUUGCAGGGGCAAACCACAUUCAAACCACCGUAGCAGAUAUUAUGUUAUGUUUUGAGUAACUGAGAGCCCUCAGUUACGAAGGAAUAACACAUAUUAUUAAAAUGGCUCUUUUCAAUCAGAAAGUAUACUAUUUAAAAUUGUAAGAUAGGUGUUAAUGCAAGAAUGAAUAUGUCCCAUUGCAAGUUGAAGGUCUAGAAUUAGAGACCAGCAAAAAGUAAUAACUCACAAGAAGUGAAUUGUUCACUAUUAUAAAAUCUCUCAUUUUUGAGAUUAAAUGAGGGUCAUCAAUUUGACUACAAAUUUGACUGCGUAUGACUACAAAAAUGGUUAAAGUCAUAUUUUUUUUCUUAGCAUAUAACUAAGUAUAAAGCAUUAGUAAUGGCAUAUUUUUGUCACAUUAUAAAAUAUACAUGGAAAACACUAAAAAAUGUUUUCUACCUUGUAUUGAAGAAUUUAUUUUUUAAACAGGUGGAACAUUUUUAGUAAUUAAGAAGGAGCAAUCUGUUAGGUACCUGAUACAUGCUUGACACUGGGAAUACAGUUGAAAGCAGUGUGGAUAUGGGCUCUGCUCUGAUGGAGAUUAUGACUUAGGGAGGCAUAUAUUAAUAGAUAAUCAGAGUACAGUGUGUCACAUGGUACCAAGUGACACUUUACUUGAAACAAGACUAAUGUUUCAUUUCAAUUUUCUUAUGUAGAUUUGAACAUGUAAGUUACAAUUUUCACCAUAUAAUACAUUUACCGUAUAAUGUAAGACAAACUAAAGUAUUGAACAGCAAGUCUGAGAUACACAAAAGAGCUCAUUUUACUCUUUUCCUGGAUUGUGUUGGCCUGGUGACUUACACUUACUAAUAGGCACCCUGGCAGUAACUGUCUGGGACUUCUGGACUCAGGCUUAAAGGGGACCGGCAGCUUUUUCUUCCUCUGUUUUUGGAGCCAGCCAUCAUAUAAAAGGUCCAACUAGCCUGCUGGAGACAGAGGCCACCUGUGAGGCCCGAAGCCAUCUUGGAUGUUUCAGCCUCACUCAAACUCAAUGUGACUGCACAAUUGAGCCCAAGAAAGACCAGCAAAAAAGCCACCUGGCUGAGUUCUAGCCAACUCACAGAAUCAUGAGGAAUAAUAAAUUAUUGUUUGAAGCCACUAAGGUUUGGGGUGGUUUGUUACUCAGCAGUGGAUGACUGAACACGUGGUUUAGGUGGAGGGUGUACCUUCAUUCUCUCCUGUGCUGUGCAGGCUCAUGUCCUAAAUUGAGCUGAACUGAUCUGAGAAGUUUCUGAUGGCUCAGCGUGAGAGUUUGGCAAAGUCACUUAAUUUCCAUAUUUAAUCAUACCUAGAAUUGUGCUUGGCUUGUGAGAAUUUGUCUUUAUAGGGCAUUUUAUUUAAUACCCUGACUUGAGCCUACAAAGCAUGUUAACGUGUCAGCAAAUUUUGAUUUUGCAUGUCUUGCUAAUGGUGAGCAGUGCAAGAUGAAAACCACUAGGUGGUCAUCAAAAUAGCUGUAUAGACAGCAUGUACUGCAACAAAUUCUCCUCUCUAAGUACUCAUGGUUUUCUAAUUUAUAGCAGAUAUAUUCUUGUGCAUCAUAUUCCCUAAAAUGUUUUUAUUGAAUUCAUUUAUUUUUACUGUUCAGUGUUUGUGUGUACAUGUGCAUUUUAAAUAAAGACUGAUUUGCAUUAUACACAGUCAUUAUAUUACAUAGAUAAGUUUGGUCACAGACAACACACAGUUGUCUGUGACCCAAGUCUUAGAUGUAAGGCACAGGAUGGUCACAGAAGAAUUUAAUGAGAGCUGACAGAAUCAUUGGUGAAAGUGAAUUGUCUUGAUUAUGUCGUGUUCUCAUUGCUCACGUUAACUAUUAUACUAAUUGUGGCCAUUUUAAUGGGACUUGAUACUGUUUUAGUGUAACUCAGUAACAGUUUGGGGACUCUGGAACUGUCUGAAAUGAGUGGAAAUUAUAUUUUCAACUGAGAAUAGUUUAUUCUUAGAGGACUGCCUCCUGCUGAAGCAAGAAGAGACAGUGCGCUUUUCCGGCUGCUGUCCUCAGUGGUGCUGGUCCUCUUGCUUUGCUCCCCUCACAGUUCCCAGUGUGGUUGCUGCCCAUUCAGGCAUCACAGGCCAUCAGCAGUGACUAGCAUCAGAAAGGAGUAACUUCCUCUCCUGUUCAAUGGUAUUAAGUACAUUCACAUUGCUAUGCAACUAUUACCACCUUUCAUCUCUAGAAUUCUUUGUCUGGCAGAACUAAAACACUGUACCCAAUUGACAGUAAGUCCCCAUUCCUUCCUCUUCCCAGCCCCUAAGAAUUUGACAACUCUAGGUGCCUCAUAUAAGUAUAUAUUCAUUUAUAUAUAUGUAUAUUUAACUGAUCUGUUGGUUUAAAGAUAUUUCUGUUUUUAUAAU